AUGAUAUUUGAGAUCUCCACGGCGGGACCAGGAACCGGACCACGGGACCAGGGAACCGGGGCAAACCAGACAAGACGAACACAGACCAAACCGAGGAAGCUGAACGGGGAGGCGGAGGACCGGGAGGAGGCCGAGCCCGUGGAGGAGGCGGCGAAAAAGAAGAAGAAAAAGAGGAAGAAGAACAAGUCCGCGACGACAGGCGCCGAGCCCGAGGCCGACGGCGUGUCCGAGGUGACCAAACAGCUGGAGAAACAGGCGAUAGAGGACAAAGAGAAGGAGGAGGACGGCGAGGAAGAUGGAGACGAUGGCGAAAACUCGGCAGGGAAGAAGAAAAAGAAGAAAAAGAAGAAGAAAGGACCCAAAUCCCAGACUGAUCCCCCGUCUGUGCCCAUCUGUGAUUUAUACCCAACGGGAGCGUUCCCCAUCGGACAGGAAUGUGAAUACCCCGUAUCACAGGAUGGCCGCAGCGCAGCGUGGCGUACGACCAACGACGAGAAGCGUGUGCUGGACAAAGCCAACGAGGAGGUGUGGAGCGACUUCAGACAGGCAGCCGAGGCCCACAGACAAGUCCGCCAGCACGUUCGCAGCUUCAUGAAACCCGGCAUGACCAUGAUUGAAAUCUGCGAGCGAUUGGAGGACUGUUCCCGUAAGCUGAUAAAGGAGAACAAGUUGAACGCCGGCCUGGCCUUCCCCACCGGCUGCUCCCUGAACCACUGCGCUGCCCACUACACUCCCAACGCCGGAGACACCACCGUCCUGCAGUACGACGACGUCUGCAAGAUCGACUUCGGCACGCACAUCAACGGGCGAAUCAUUGACUGUGCCUUCACUGUCACGUUUAAUCCAAAGUAUGACAAGCUGCUGGAAGCCGUGAGAGACGCCACCAAUACUGGAAUCAAAAACGCAGGCAUCGACGUGCGCCUGUGUGACGUCGGAGAGGCGAUUCAAGAAGUGAUGGAGUCCUACGAGGUCGAGCUCGACGGCAAAACAUACCAGGUGAAGCCAAUCCGAAACCUGAACGGUCACUCAAUCGGUCAGUACAGAAUACAUGCAGGCAAAACUGUGCCCAUCGUUAAAGGAGGAGAAGCAACGAGAAUGGAGGAGGGAGAGGUUUACGCCAUCGAGACAUUUGGCAGCACGGGUAAAGGUGUCGUCCACGAUGACAUGGAGUGCUCUCACUAUAUGAAAAACUUUGACGUCGGCCACGUCCCAAUCAGGCUGCCCAGGGCGAAGCACCUGCUGAACGUCGUCAACGAGAACUUCGGCACGUUGGCGUUCUGCCGGCGCUGGCUGGACCGCCUGGGCGAGAGCAAGUACCUGAUGGCCCUGAAGAACCUGUGCGACCUGGGCAUCGUGGACCCCUACCCUCCCCUCUGCGACACCAAGGGCUGCUACACCGCUCAGUUCGAGCACACCAUCCUGCUCAGGCCCACCUGCAAGGAGGUGGUGAGCCGGGGAGACGACUACUGA